CUCAUUGACAUUAUCGUCUUCUCCACUCGUCGAAUGUCGUCACAUCAGCCCCAACAAACAGGUACCGGCCGUCCAGCUCACAACAAGGUCGCCAUCCCUCGCCAAGAGAGACGGAACGAUUCACCCCGCAAGCCAGCCACUGUCAGACAAAAUCGUGUCUCUCGAGCAUGUUUAAGCUGUCGUUCCAGGAAGAUACGGUGCAACGGCGUGCACCCGACAUGCAAGAAUUGCGCAGAGAGUUCUACAAGUUGCGUCUACGCGUCUACUCGGAAAGACAGGUUGAAAAUUGCAACUGAACAUAACGAAGAGAUGAUGGAAUUUCUCAAGUAUCUUCGGACUGGCGUUGGUGACACAGAGAAGAAGAGAAUCGAUGAGAUGCUCAGUGGUGUCAGCGAGGAUGUCGCCGAUGCUGCUUCUACGUUCCGCAAAUCUCAAUCGUCGGAGAUGCUGAAUUCCGACGAGGUUGCGGGUGAGGCCAACGUGUCAGCUGAAGUAGGUUCUAAUGAAGACCUUGAUCAUAUGAAUGAGGAUAUUUUACACGACGAGAAAACCAGAGCUACUGGAUUCUUAGGGAAAAACACCGAAGUACAAUGGCUGCGCCAGCUUGAUCGCGAAACGGAAAAUGCUGCUCAUGGCGGCUCUUUCGAUAGGCCUCAUGGACCACCAGGGCACAGCGCAAACGCAUCAGCUCAGCGUACGGAAGCCCUGAAGGAGCGACAAAAGCAAGAUCAUUCCACAUCACUACAGACGAGUGAAUUUAGUUUUUACCUUGAUGAUGAGGCUAUAGACAUGGAUUUCGUGGUCAACUCCUCAGAACUUCCAUCGCUCGACAUCGCUGAUAGACUUCUUCGAUGCUAUAUGGAAACUGUACAGCCAUACUUUCCAAUCCUCGCUAAGAAGACAUUCGUCAAUCAAUUCUAUCAUUAUUAUGCUGCUUUAGCACAAGGGGCACCUUAUAAGGUUCCUCGGAAGUGGCAGGCAACUUUGAACCUCGUCUUCGCAAUCGGGGCAGCAUUCUCCCAUCUGGUCGAGUCUGAUUGGCGUGCAGAUGAACGCGAUCACUUUCUGUACCACGCUAGAGCUUGGGAAUUAAGCAUCAAAGAUCCAUGGUGGUUUUCCCACCCCGAUUUACCACAAACCCAGAUUACCGGUCUACUAGCCAUCUACUACUUGGCUAUUGGUCAUACUAACAGAGCGUGGAUUCUCACUGGGAUGGCCAUAAGAUUUGGAUUUGGACUCGGAUUACAUAUUCGGAAUGAGGAUCGAAACGCUAGUGUCGUGAAAAAGGAGCUUUUGUCACGCACUUGGUGGGGUUUGUAUACACUGGAAUGCCUGUUAUCUGUUAUGACUGGUAGACCCAGCAUUGGCGUCCAAUCACAUUGCUCCGUAUACCUUCCGCUUCCUAUAUCAUGCGACGAUAUCGAAGAGGCUAGAAUCAAGGCACUAUUCGGAGAGAAUCCGUCACAGCCUACCCACGAGAAAGAGUUCCCACUGUCUGAGACGAUGAGCACACCUUCUUCUGGGAUGUUCAACUACGAGAGAGCAAGAUGUGAUCCUGCCAACGUGGGUACCUACCUCAAAUGCAUCAUUAGGAUAGGUCAAAUCCAACAAAGAAUCUUGACACAGCUCUAUUCACCGCACGUCGUUGCUGAAUCUUGGAAAGAUGUCCAAGAGAUCAUACUCAGGAUCAAUGGAGAACUGGAAAUAUGGGCGGCAUCUAUCCCUCCAGGACUUAACUUUCUUAGCAAUGGAAAGGAAAAACCGAUGACAAGCGAACAAAACAUCCUGUUGCUACAUUAUCGGAGCACAAUCAUCCUUGUCAACCGGCCAUGUCUCUGCCGUCUGGAUCGUCGAAUCCCGAAUCAAACACAAAGCUCUUCUGAUUUCAAUCAAAGAAUGGCUUUGUCCUGUGUCAGUACUGCAAAGGACUUAAGUGCUAGCCUUCCAGAUGACAUGCAAAACGAGAGCGCGAAAGUGUACGAGUUGUUUCCAUGGUGGGCUGUUGUUCACUAUAUCAUGCAAAGUCUUGCUAUUCUUAUGCUGGAAAUCUCCUAUGACGCAGUUAAAGGAUCGGACAUGUCUGAAACAAUAAGUGCUAUGAAGAAACUCGUUCGCUGGCUGCGUGCCCUGAGAGGAAACAACGGAAUGGCCAGACGCGCUUAUACCAUCGUUCUCGACCUACUGCGGAAGAUGGCCAGCAACACACAGCUUGACAUAUCUGAUCUUCUUCUGGAAGAUAGCGCACAUAACGCACCAACUGAUUACGACUUGACUCAGGCGGUGGGACUUUAUACGCAACCAUUUUUCAGCGAAGAAUAUCUCGAUCGGUAUUCGUUUCCAAAUGCAUACGCCGAUUAUUCAAACCCCGGGGUUUAUCAAACAAAUCUCUUCCACACUGGACAUGAUCAGCAGAACCCCUUUCCGUUUCUAGGAUACGUACCAAUGGAUGACUCUCCCGACAAUUAUCGGCCAAGCGGGUAGAUUGAGGCCGGGGUUGGGUUGGUAACAGCGUAAAUAAGAAGGACAAGACUCUAUACUGUUACUAGAAGAAAUUGAGGCAAACUUAAAUGUCGGGUGUCCGACAGAUGUAGCGAACCAUUUGUAGGCAAUCUCUUACAAUCUAAUCUAUGAGUGAGGCUGUCAUUUGAAAGUGAUAAUCUUUCUCCCCAAGACUAGCGCUAACAACCCCCUUGUCAUGGCUGGUCUUUGAUUGUUACUCUCAACCAACCUCUGCCUACUUACUGCAUCUGCCGCAUUUAUGCAUGUGCAAAUGCUUCCAGUCGAAAUAUCGCCCCUUCCGCUCAUUGUACAGCCGCGCCCAAGCGGCUUAGUCUCAGGAAUGUACAUUCGGCGUCCACCUAUCAUUAGAUCGCGAACAUUGAACACACCAAUAUGAAGAU